CAGAGAUCGCCUAUACUCAUUUCCUGAACAAGGCGGCAGGCAUGGCGACUCGCGGUGUGUGGCAACUGCAGAAGCUUACCAUUCGAUACUGCCAAUAUGGCGGCAGCAGCAAGAACGUGCGGGAAAUGCUCAAGGACUCCCGCUUUCUAUCGUUCGUGAACGAGAACCCUCAGGUGUCUUUUGCGACGGAAGUCAAGAGCAACAAGCACCCGAUUCUGAUCGGCGAGUACAUCACGAACGAAAAAAAGGUGUGUGACGUCAAGAACCAAGACAUCCCGUUUGUGCUCUCGCAGAUGCAGCGCAUGCGCGACACGAGUGGCCGCAAGAUGACCAAAAUCAACGCGCCCGUGAUCUCGAAGCGACCAACAAUCCAAGGCAUUUGGCAGCCCGAAACACAAGACAUGUUCGACCAAAUGACGUUCCAAGUCGAACAUCGCUUGAAGUAAAUAUCUAGAGUAGGGUCGUGCCUGUGGCAAUGAAAUAUGGACCACCAUACUGACCGCACCAACGGUCUUCCUUCCGCCCUGUCACUAGCCGGUGUCCUGUCAGCGCGACUUUUCAUAUCGUGGGAGGUGUCCAGCGGGAAAUCCAUGCCCAUGUGCGACCAGAUCACACAAAGGGGCGCGAUGGAGGGUAAGGUAUAGUUAUCGUAAUACAAUUCGUCGCAUCUAGAA